GAACGAGAAGAAUCAGUCGUCUACAGCUAACAGUUCGAGUAUUGUCACUUAUUUUGCAGCUAAGUAAAACUUUACUUAAAGCUAAUCAUCAUGGCUAAACGGCAAAUCUUUUCUUUGGUGUUCCUGGCGCUCGUUUCCGCAAAUGUGAUACAAGGGCGUGUGUUCCGUUCCGGUCUAUACCGACCCUAUAACAUCUACCCUCAAGUUGACGGUGAUUUGGCAUCAGCGGCUAGUGCAGCCUCGAGUGUAGUCGACAAUGUUAAUCCACUCCUUGGUGGCAACCCUGGUUGGAACAGAUAUUCUUACCCAUAUUACCCAUCCAUUGUAGGCCGUUUCAUCGGUGGUGGAGUACUCCCGUCCUUGGGACUCGGGAAUCCGGGACUUGUGAAUCCGGGGCUUGUGAGUCCGGGGCUUGUGAAUUCGGGACUUACGAAUCUGGGGCUUGUGAGACCGGGGCUUGCGAAUCUGGGACUUGUGAGUCCGGGGCUUGCGAAUCUGGGACUUGCGAGUCCGGGGCUUGCGAAUCUGGGGCUUGUGAAUCCGGGACUUGCGAACGGCGGGGCCAACGAUAACGCUGCUGCUGCUGCUAGUGCUGCUGCUUCUGCCGCUGUGAAUGGAGGAGCAGGAGGAGUUGGUCCUGGCAACGGUUAUAACUCCUGGAAUGGCUAUAGACCAAGCUUUUUGAGACCAAUUCUGAGUCGUUAUUGGAACAAUUAUGGACUGGGAGGCGUUAACGGUGCUCCAUCCAAUGCUGAUGCUGCUGCAGCUAGUUCCGCCGCAGCUGCGGGAAUGCCACUAUCCGUAGGCGUUUAACGCUUCUUUCUGAAAUAUUGAAGCUAGAUUCAAUAUUUAGCUAAAUUGAAUAUUGUAUAUCGAUUAAUGUGUAUAAAAUAUAUAUGCCGCAAACGCAAACAUGUAAUGUUCUUAAUAUACUUAUUGGUCAAAUAAGUAUAAUUAAGUUCAUUCAAAUAAAAAAAUAUUGCAGCAUUUUUUAAAAUUA